AUGGUUGACUACUCACUCUCAGUGAACACCUCGAGUCCUUUCCAAAGUUCCUCUAGACACACUGGUCCAGCACCAACACCAUCUUUUGGUCCGAAACGUUUUACAUCGAAAAGUUCCUUUUCGAGAUCACGAGCCAAUGAUUCAGACUGCCUGAGAAGCCCUGAGUGCAGUCGGUUGCUUCAAAGCAGACCACCCAACGCUCCAAGACCAUCGCUCCAGAUAACCGAUGACAAUGUCCUGUUUGCCAACACCAAACAGCUGGGUCAACAUUGUUUAUUACGUAAAUCCAUGGUUAGUCAAAUGAACCGAGAGUCACUCACACAAUCACUACUCAAUGAUUCCCACAACUGUACUGAGGAUAACGUACAAGAUCUACAUAACUCCCUACCUAAAACAUCCACUCCAUUCGUAAAGAAGAGUGCAAAAUUCAAUCUCAAGAACGAACUGUUGAACUCCGCUCUUAUUGGAGCUCCAAGAUUGGCUUUGAAUCUUUCGGUUUUGAGUAACUCCAGUGACAAUUCUGAUCAAGGUGCAGUGGAUCAAUGUGGGAUCGACAGCGAUUCUAAAUCUUGCAACAAACUAGAGAAAUUUGAUCAAGUACUCCACAGCCCACCAACCAGUAGGUCAUCACCCAUACAAACCAGUGUGUUUGUUCAGAAAACGGACCGUUGUGCACCACCAGACGAAGAAGUCAGUCAACAGCAAGACGAUUUGAGUUUCAACCAGUUCCGAUGCCGAAUUUGCCUGGAUGAGGGUGAGCUUGAAGGUCCGUUAAUGUCACCGUGUCGUUGUAAGGGUACCGUUGGUUUGGUACAUCGCAACUGCCUUCAGCGAUGGUUAUACGAAUCUGGUAAGGUCAAGUGUGAAUUAUGUGGUUAUGAGUAUAUCAUGACACCGUCAAGGAGGCGAUCGCUCCCGACCUUCACACGCCCGCGAAGCUACACCAGACUGGACUUAUUCUGUGCCUGGAUUAGGUCGAAUACAACUCGGCGUCAUCUACUGGCCGACAUUAUAUGUCUUGUGCUUCUAACACCUAGCACUUACAUAGGUGUGUAUUUUUGCAUCGUCGGAGCUAUGGGUUUCGCCAUGGAGAAUCCCUUUGCUUGGCAGGCCGUUGGUUUGUGGUUGCUUGCAAUCUUGCUAAUAAUUUUGUUGACUUCUUGGAUGAUUUUGGCUAUAAGACACCAUUUGAGUACAUUUCAGCGACAUAUGUUCUACCAGCGUGAGCGGGAACGUCUAGAAAACGAACGAUUUGCUGCUCUUCCACGCUGGCGUUUUUCAAUCCAGCCACGCCCACGCGGGUCUUCUCUAUUCUUGCGUUCCUCUACUGAACGAGAAGCAACAGGGGAAUUGGGGACGUUUAUGUCCUCUGAAUCAGGCGCUGCGACCCCAAUUUCCAGUCUGCACUGUUCAAACCCUCAUGGUGAAUUGGAAGUUCAAGCUCACAUUAUUCCCCAAGUUUCUUCCGAGCACUCUGGUCCAAUCACUCCAAAGCUGGUGGUUUCCGUUGCUUUGUCCACAGUGCCUGAGGUCACUGAGGAGUAUACGCACCCUUCCACAGAGCACGGAUCUCCAAACAUGGUAUGA